UGUUCCAAUGGAAAUAAAUACCAUUGUUUUCUUUGAUUACUUGCAAGGAGUUUGUACACAAUUUAUGUUGGGUGAACUAUUUUUCAAUCCUUCCUCAAAUUAAAAAUUAUUCUUUGUUUUAUUCAUCUUCUACUUUUCAUUCAUUUCUAUCAUCUCCUUCAUAUUUUUCAUUUCUCACAAACACACAAAUUAAUGGAGAUGAAGAACGAGGAAAGUGUGAGCAAGAAUCACAAUGAGAGUGAAAGUGUGAGCAAGAAUAAGAAUGAGAGUGAAAAUGAGAUUGAGAAUAAGAGUGUGAGUGAGAGUGAGAGUGAGAAUGAGAGCGUGAGCGAGAAUCAAAAUGAGAAUGAGAGUGAGAGUGAGAGUGAGAGCGUGAGCGAGAAUCAGAAUGAGAAUGAGAGUGAGAGUGAGAGUGUGAGCGAGAAUGAGAAUGAGAGUGAGAAUGAGAAUGAGAGUGAGAGUGAGAGUGAGAGUGAGAGUGAGAGUGUGAGUGAGAAUAAGAAUAAGAAUGAGAAAGAGAUUGAGAACGAGGAGAGUGUGAGCAAAAAUAAGAAUGAGAGUGUGAGUGAGAAUGAGAAUGAGAGACACGACAAGUCUGUGCAACAAAUUCAUCAUCCUUUUCAUCUGCAACAUCCCUUGGUGUUAGUGGCAGAGCAAAGCAAUGAAGGUCUCAAAGCUUACUGCGAUGGAUGUGGGGAAUUGCUUUCAACUCCAUGCUUCACUUGUAUUCAUUGCAAUUAUCACCUUCACAAGCGAUGUGCAGAGGUACCCCCUUCACUUCGUGAUCACCCUCUCCAUCCCAAGCACCCAAGCACCCAAGCUCGAGUUUUCUUUUUUUCUAUUAAAAUUUUUAGGCUUUUUCUUAGACAAAGGCCACAUGAGAUGGCAUAUGGUUGUGCAUUAUGCAAGGAAAAACGCAACAUAUUUGUUUAUGAAUGUAAGACAUGUUGUUUUUACCUUGACAUCAAAUGUGCUGAAUUAUCUUCUUCAUAUCAGUUUAGCGAACUGUUCCCACAUUACAUCCACAAUCAUGCAUUAACCUUCAUAAAAAGUCCCAUUGCCAUAGAUGUACUCAAAAGAUUCAGCUGCUCCUGGUGUCAUGAACCUUUAACAAAUGCUAUAUCUUUUUGUUCUGAGUGCCCAUUUUUUAUCCUUCAUAAGAAAUGUCUUGAUGAGUUACCUAUAAAAAUUAAUCACCCUUCCUAUCACGUGCACCCUAUUUUUCUUAACCGUAGUGAUAGGGGUUGUUUUUGCAACCUAUGCCAAAAGCAACAUUCUGGACCUUUUUAUGGUUGUCCUCUUUGCCAUUUUAACAUCAAUAUUGGAUGUGCUCUUCCAAUGUCCAUUGUUGAAGGUAAAAGUCGCCAUCAACACCCAUUCACAUUAUUUCGAAGACGAGGUUCAUUCAUUUGUGAUGCAUGUGGAACUGAGGGAAAUUCUAUUUCUUAUAUAUGUUCCACAUGCAACAUCAUGGUCCAUAAGAAAUGCACUUCACUCCCACGUAUUAUCAAAUUUUCUCGACAUGAUCACUGCAUUUUUCACAAAUAUUUUCUUGAAGAUCUUACAAGGCAAGAUUGCAAGAUUUGUUUCAAUGAAGUGAAACUAGAUCGUGGGAAUUACUCUUGUGGGAAGCCAGGUUGCAAUUACAUUGUCCAUGUCAAUUGUGUCUUAGAGGAUAAUGAUUUGUACAAGGUAAUUGAGGAAGAAAAGCAAUGGGAGGAGCUUUAUAAAAAAUCUAUGCAGUCUUCCAUCAUUCGUGUUAUUGACGUGAAUGAAGCUAGGGAAGCUACAAAGAUUGAACAUUUCAGUCAUCAACAUUGCUUGCUGUUAGCAGACAAGAUGAAGGAGGAAAUUGAUAGAAAAUGUGAUGGGUGCAUGCUAUCUAUCUCAAAUCUCUUCUACUAUUGUUCAAAAUGCCCAUUUUUUCUUCAUAAAACUUGUGUCGAAUUGCCAAAAAUCAAGCAACAUUGGUUUCGUCAAAGCAGUGCCAUCCUCAAUUUCGAAGGCUUCCUGGAAUGUAACUUUUGCUGUCGACCUUGUAGUGGUUUUUUCUACAGUAUUGGAGAAUAUUUGCGCAUGUGCUUAAUGUGUGCUAAAAUUACUGAUAUCAUUAAAUGUGAAGGACACCAACACUUUCUCUUUUUUGAUUUCAAAUGCAAGGAGAACUGUAAUGGUUGUGGCAUCAGGUGUUGGCGUGGUGCAUUCAAAUGUAGACAGUGCAGAUUUGUUUUGGAUUUUGCAUGCUUAGCAUUACCACAUUCAGCUCUUCACAAAAUUGAUGAACACAUGCUAAAGCUUACAUAUCAUGAUGAUAAAGAGAAAAGUUAUUGUGAUAUUUGUGAACAAGAAAGAGAUCCAACCCUUUGGUAUUAUUCUUGUUCAAUUUGUGAUACUUCUGCUCAUCCUAAAUGUGUUCUUGGACAAUUUCCAUUUCUCAAUGAUGGGAUCACAUGGGCUUAUGCUGAUCACUCACAUACUCAUCAUCUUAAAUUUUUUAGAAAGGCUGAGGGCUACCCUGUAUGCUCUCAUUGUGGUAAGCUUUGUCAAGAAGAAAUUCUCAAGUGUGAAGAGUCUACAUGCAACUAUAUUAUCCAUUGCAAAUGUCGGAAUUACGAAGUCUAAAGCUUUGUGUUAAGUACUCUGAAUGAUUAAAGAGCUAUUUUUUUUAAA